UUGGUGUGGUGGAUGAGGUGGUGGGUGGUGAUGAUGGACAUUGGCGUGGUGGAUGAGGUGUCAUUGUAGUGCGUAUUUAAUGUGGCGCUGCACUCUGAUGUUGUAGGAGAAAACAUUUAUUAAAAGUCUAUUUAAUUAAGUAGAACGUGUUGUCUAUACUUAUUUAAAGUUGCGCAUUUUGCUGUCACAUAUCUCAACAGACCCCCUCCCCAUCUUCACACAUCGUCACAAAUGUCCCCCCUAGGUGCGUGACGUCAUUUAUGGACGGCCCCAUACCGGUAACAUUUGCGUAUUUAUGCUCGCUGUGGGAGAAUGCAAACUGAAGAUCCCCGUGUCAGGGAUGGAACCCAGGUCCCCAUGUACGUGAAGAUCGCGUGCGAGUCACCGUGGUACCCUGCGGGGGAGGUGUGAUGUUAAUGGUAGUGGUUGAAACCCUUCUCCUGCACACUGCAAAAAAAAAAAUGCACUCGGCACGUUUGAGGUUGAGUGCAACCUGACCGUCUGCAGAUGGUCAGGGCACGUCAUCGUGAUUGUUAUCUGUUGGUAUGCGCGUGAGGUGUGUGUUCGUGUGUGUGACUCCCUGUGGCGCUUCACCUGGCUAACGCUGCCUAUAAAAGCGAGAGAGACACGCAGGGAGAGGAUUAGGAGGAAGAGGAGACGGCGGCGGUGGUGGUGGUAGUGACGACUCUGGAUGUUGGCCAGGUCCGCCCCGAGAUCGGCCCGCUCCACACUCAAGGCCGCGCUGGGCCUUAUGGCCAAGGUGUAUGGACCACCCUCGGCCUGCCGCCACCAAUUCUACAGGCGACGGAAGGGGGACACGGAGACUACGCUCGCCUACCGCACAGCGCUGCUUGCUCUCGCGGACGCCGCCUUCCCUCGCAUGGAUGAGGAGGGGCAGGACGCCAUGGUGAUGGAACAGCUGCUGACGUUGGCUCAGGACCUGGGGGUCCCCAUCAACACGGCGGACGAGGUGGACAUUUGUUCAUUGCGGGUUGCAACGAGCAUCCAGGCGCAUGAGGUCCUGAAACAGAAGCAGGCGGUCGUCUGCGCUUCUGCCGCGGUCUCAACUCCUGCCCCGGUGGACACCGACCCCCAAGUCAGCCGGCCUCGGGAGGAGGCAUUCGCUACAGCGCGACCGGGGGAUUGGAGGUGUCUCGGAACUGACGACUGCCGACCAUCGGCGACCGGAUCCCCAAGGCACGUGCGGUUCUUCCAGGCCUGCUCCAUGCCUUCCUGGGCUGCCGGAGCCACCGGACGGUCAACAACGUCCCGUCCCUGGUCGAGACCCGUGGCCUGA